CCUUGCUUCUAUUCAUUUAUUGGGUUGAGACAAAUAUACAGCAUGAAUACCAAUAUGCCAACAAGGUAAAUAAUAUAUAUUUUCAUCUGAUGAUGAUAUUUCUGAGUAAAUGUGGAAAAAAAAUCCUUCGCAAUUCUCUCACUUACUUUUCACGUCCUAACUCAACACCAGUCGGAUUUCACAGCAAACUUCUCUUCAUCUGACUUUCUCUGAGCCGUGUUUGUCACUUACCAAGUAAAAAUCAAAUAAUGGUGAAAUUAAUAUUAAUAUUUCUCUACUGAUCUGUGAUAUGAAUAUAAUUCACAUAUGUUAAUUGGACCAUGAUUUAAUAAAUUAUCAUCAUGCUAUAUUGAGGACGACUUAGUGUCAGUCUUUGUUUCAUCCGAUUUCAUAUAUUAUAAUAUUUCAGAUUUUUAUCGACUUUACUCAAAAGCUCUUUCCCAGCAUUCUCAAGCCCAGUGUCUGACGUGUCUGACUGGUACGCUUUUAUUCUGAAGGCUCAAAGCAGGAAGUCGCUGAGCCGCGCGCUCGCAUUACCCCGCGGAGAGGAGGAGGCGCGCCGCAGAGCCGCGGAGCCGCAGCGCGGGAUGGAGCACUGAGCAGCUCACCGGACACCUUCUCAUCCCCGGAUGUUCCCCGUGUGAUGGCGCACGCGGGGCUUUUCUUUGUCGUGGUGGUGACGGCAUCUCUGACAGGCGCCGGUUCCUCGUCCAGCAAGGAUGUGAGCCAGAGGAAGGAGGUGGAGACGGCCGCGGUGGAGCUGCUGCGGCCCGGCGGCGUGGAUGGGGCUCCGGCCCGCUCCGCCUGCGACCCCCGGGCCGGGAGGAGGCGCUGCAAGAGGUGCACGUGUUACACUUACAAGGACAAGGAGUGCGUGUACUACUGCCACCUGGACAUCAUCUGGAUCAACACGCCAGAGCGCACCGUCCCGUAUGGAAUGUCCAGUGACCGCGUGAGACGCUCCCCCCAGGCGGCGCGGCGGCGGAGGGGCGGGGGGAGCCCCCGCUGUGCGUGCACGCGGCGGAGCGACGCUCACUGCAGCGGCUUCUGCAUGGACAGGAGGCCGACGCCAUCGGCGCCAAACGCAAACGAGACUUGGGCCUCUCGGCGCAGCCGCCCUGAAACGGACAAAUAAGUGAGAUGCGACACGACCGCCGGCGUCCUGCGCACAAGCCGUCCCUCAUUACUCAGCGCCUCCCCGUCCGACUGACGGACGCACAACCGCCAUGCUGCUCGCACGGAAACACGCAAAGCAAAGGUCACCGGCCGGCGUCGGCUCGGGCAGGUGUGCUCAUUAUUCUGUCCCAGCUGAGGAAUGGCGCACGUGGCUCGCCCGGCUCCACCGUGACAGACCGCCGGAGUUCCCACGCGUCCCCGAGCUGGAGGCCGCUGGCGUGCGACCCCCCCCCCCCCCCACCACCUCGUCGGCGUGUUGAAACCAUCCGUUCUCCACAAAUCCCCCGUGUGUCGCAGUCACUGACACGUGCAACAUAUCAUCCUUUUUUAUUGGUUUCGACAGGAACAGCCUGAAUCCUCCACAAGGGACUUUUAUUACUCCAGCCUUGUGAAUAGGAAAUGUGUUUCAAUAUAUAGGCUCUAAAUUAUGAAGAUGAUAACAAGAUGUUGUGCAUAGAAUUAUAUAUGUGAUCACGCUAAUCGCUAUUUUCUUCAUUCGUCUGUUUAUUAUGUUUUAAACUCCAACUCCUUUCCCCAUAAACCGACCAUCUGCCCACCGGCGGCCUUUACACGCUCGACCAAACGCUGUGCAUAUUAUGCAACUAGGGUUUUACUUAUGGAAGGUAGAAGCUGGUACGCUGUGAAUGGGAAAUAGCAAAUUUGCUGAUGUUUGUCUUGUAAACAGUUGAAUUGGAAGCUACAGAACCUAAUAGUUAAUUAUACAGUUUAAAUGAAUGAAAAGAACUCACCCACAUUCUAAAAUCCCACAUGCAUUCAUCUUCAGGCUGCUGUCUGUUGGGAUCACAGCCGCAAUCUGCCAACAAGUCACAUCGCUUUUUUAAAGAAAAAACACAGAUGAAGUCAAAUUCUUCGUUCUCCAUCGCGUCACUCGUGCACCGCGGUGAUAAUCACGUGACGCCUCCCCGUGUCCCACGUUGACAGGGGCGCACAGACCACGUAGAGGCAGUGGUUCCGUGUGUGAAAGGAUUUCUUGCUGUGUGACUCUGAUCCUUUAUUUAGAGCUGGACGGUACGAUCAGAUAUGUGUUUUUUGAGCUGCAAACCAAAUAUGAUGCAUCACUGUUGGUGUUUAAUAUUGACUAUAGUAUUGUUAAUAUUGAAUAUCUUUACAAAUGUACUGUAUAAAAAUCGAUAUUUAAUUUUCUGAAAACCCUUUUUAUGCCUUUGUUUAGUAUUUUCAAGCGUCAUGGCGGGUGUUUUACGCUGCGGUUGGAAUUACAUUUAAAAUGAAAAUACAUCCUGAACCUGGAAAAAUAAUAUCUGCUAAACCACGUUUGUUUGAUCAGAAGCGACGUUGACACCCGAAGCGAGUUGAAAUGAUGAGAAACACUUAAACAGUCAGAACGUUCUGCACUAUGCAGGCGGGACGACGAUCUGUGGUUUUUAUAUUGUUUCUACUCGUGAAUUACAGGAUCAAACUAUUGGCACUAUACAAUAUGAAUGCUUUGAAUAUUUUGGCCACUCUAGUACUACUAUACUACUACUAGUCACACAAUGUGUAUUAAAAAUCAUCAUUAGGAGACGCAUUGUAAUCAUACACAAUGUUGUACAAUAACUUUUAUUCACAGUUUAUGGUCAUUAUGGCAAUUUCACCCUGAUUCUCUAUUCAUUUUCAAGUACAAAUACAGUUUUUUUUUUAUAUUUCAUAUUGCAAUAACUUGUUUUAAGUGACCAAGGGAACAGUUAUGCAGAUCCUAUGCACUGAUGAUUCAGCAGCCAUGCAGGGCUCUGAGCACGAUGAUAUCUGCUCCAUCCAGCAGCAGCAGAUGAUUCGAUCCCUGUUUGCUGUAUGUAGUGUGACACGGACCAGAUUCCACCUACCGGACCACACGUGAUGUGGUAGGAUGAAAACUGAAUGACUGGAUCUGUUAUUUUGUUCCUCCCCAUCUGGCAUUUGAACUGAAUUUACUUUAGUGAAUGUAUUAACCUGCUAUGUGUGACUUAAGCUGCAGACGAGCUCAGUAUCUGGAUACAUUAUAACUGGUCCAAAGCUUGUUUUUAAAUGAAUAAAAAGACUUUCAUCAUCUUU